CUCCAACAUCCAUGGAGACUUACUUUUUAAUCAACCUGUUUUUCCUUGUCUAUAAAACUGAUUCUCCCUUCUGUAUGAGUCAUCUUACUGGAGGGGAGUGAAUUAUAAGCACACCUUGCAUGGCUGAACAGCGUGAGCUGGGGGUAAACCAACCUAAUGUUCCAGUCAAGUGUGACUGGACAGGCAUGAAUACAGGGACUGUGGUCAAGGACUUGCAAGCAGCACUUUUCCCAGUAUGUACUAAGGGAAGCUACUUAAGCAGUUUCUUACAAAAUACCUUAAAAUCUAAUCAAGUAGAAAUAAAUACUGACAGCCGAACAUUAAAACCCAUUGCCAAAUUAAAGGAACCUCGUGAUCUGUUUGCUUUACCAAAAGAACUUGAUUGCCCUCAACAAGCAGCAAGAUGGCCAGCUGAAUGUCAGGUUCUUGAAGAUAGAGUUCAUCACAUUGAGUAUGUACCUCCAGUUCCUGAACAGUAUUAUCAGCCUACUGGACAGGAGGUUCAACCAAAACCAAUUGGAGAGGAGGCUGGCCAAGUUGUCUUCCAGUACUAUCCAAUUAGUGCAGUGAAUUAUUUUAGUCGAUCUGCUGUGGGUGGUAGUCGAUAUAUCGGAGAUGCUUGCCCAUAUGAUCAUCCAGAUGAACUUCGUUUUGAAUCACGUUUCGAGUCAGGAAAUCUUGCCAAAGUUGUUAAAAUUACAGACACAUAUUAUGAGUUAUACUUGAGAACAGACUUGUACACAAAUAGGCACAUGCAAUGGUUUUAUUUUAGAGUGGAAAAUACCCGCAGUCAUUUGCAAUACAGGUUCUCUAUAGUAAAUUUGUCAAAGGCUGAGAGUCUCUAUAAUGUAGGAAUGAAGCCAUUAUUGUACUCGACAAAAGAUGCAUUGCUAAAUCAAAUAGGUUGGCGAAGAUGUGGUGAUAAUAUUACUUACUAUAAAAAUGAAUCCCAAAACGGAGAAGAAGACCAGAUUCCCAGUUACACUCUCUCUUUCAAUUUGGAAUUUCCUCAUGACAAUGAUAUGGUUUAUUUGGCUCAUUGCUAUCCAUAUACAUAUACUGAUCUACAGGAUUAUCUCAUUAGGUUACAGAAUCAUCCAGUGAAGUCAACUUACGCUAAACUCCGUUUGCUCUGUCGUUCGUUGGCUGGGAACAAUGUUUAUUACCUCACAAUUACAGCUCCCGCAAGUAGUGAAGAACCAAAGAAGAAAAGGGCUAUUGUUAUCACUGCACGUGUUCAUCCUGGAGAGACACCAUCAUCUUGGAUGAUGAAAGGGUUCAUGGAUUUCUUGACGGGAGACAGUGAACAAGCCAAGAUUAGAGUAGCUGAAGGCCAAAUGAAGUUGGAACAUUAUGAAGGCAUUGCAGAA